UCAGUUGCGAGGUACACGAGUACAGUUCAUGUUGUAGAGGGUCAUAUCACAACCUGUGUGGGGUCAGAUGAUCGAACUGAUCUUGCAAACAGCUGCCAGUGUUUCUGUCCUCAUCACACCCAACUCUCAGAGUUCCUGCCACACGGGAGCGGGUCUCCUACCAUGAGCCGCACUCCCGAUUGCUCCUUUGACAAUCCUGCUGCUUCAGACGAGAAUGACUAUAACGAGGAGACCAGGCUGCUGUCAUCCUAUGAAGAAGAGAGGCUUGGGAUACACACAUACGGGGCCAGGGAUGCUGUGAGUCGAGAUGAAAGUCUGGCUGACUCAGCUUUGUCGGACUCGGUGUCUGCUGCCCAUGACACCCACGAUCCUGAUGGAACUGGUGACUGGAGAAUGCCACUUCAUGUCUUCACGUCCAAGAGAAAGGGCGACCUUAUAAAAAGCUUCCGUUCAAAGAAAGUGAGGUCCUUCUACAAAGAGCAAGACGAGCUCAUUUCAAUGUUUGAGAAUUUUUCUUUUGAGAUGGACAAGGAGAAUAAUGAAGUAAUGCACACUCCACAUAAUACAGCAUACCGACUCACUCAGAUCAGCUUUAUUCUUAAUAUGGUUCUCCUGGCAGCGAAGCUGACGGCCAGCAUCCUGUCCGGUUCCAUGUCCAUCAUCUCCAGUCUGGUGGACAGUGUUGUGGACGUAUUUUCAUCCCUCGUACUGUGGUGGGCAGUGCGGGCAAUACGGGCAAGAAAUCCCUACAACUACCCUCAAGGACGCACAAAGCUGGAACCAGUGGCAGUCCUCAUCCUGUCUGUCAUCAUGUCGGUGGCGUCCUUACAGCUGCUGUGGGAAUCGGUGAAAGUUCUCAUUGACCUAAUCGAUGGUUCUAAUUGUCUUCCCAAGUGUGAAAUCAGAGCCAGUGACAAUUCCAGCUGUCUUCUGACGUGUGAUAUGACCAAAGAUGACAACUCCAGCUGCAUUUCAAUGUGUGGGAUAACCACGUCUGACAAGUCCAGUUGUCUUCCACAGUUUGAGAUAACCACAAUUUCCAUAGCUGCAAGUACAGUUGUGACAAAAUUCUUACUUUGGCUCAUCUGUCGCCGUGUGAACAAUCCGACAAUCCAGGCUCUGGCUCAGGACCACAGGAACGAUGUUCUGUCCAACUCUGUGGCCAUCGUCUGCGGUUACCUCGGUUCCCAAGAGUUCCAAGAUCAAACUGGGUAUAAGCAGUUUAUCUACUCUGACCCAAUAGGAGCGAUUCUUAUCGGUUUUUACAUCAUCUUCAACUGGUGGAUUACCGGAAAAGAGCAAGUGAAGCUGUUGACGGGGAUUUCCGCCAGCCCGGAGUUUCUGGCUAAGCUGACGUGGCUAACCAUCAACCACAGCCCUAACAUCAAGUACGUGGAGACAGUCCAGGCCUACCACUUCGGAAACAACUGUCUUGUGGAGGUGGACAUCGUCCUGCCAAAGCACAUUCACCUGCACACCGCACACGACAUCGGAGAGAGUCUGCAGCGGAAGCUGGAAACUUUACCGGAAGUGGAGCGAGCUUUUGUGCACGUGGACUACGAUUUCCAUCAUCAUCCGACAACAGAACAUAAAACUGUCUGACAGCAUUCAGCGGUCAUUCAAUAGGUCGCACCUGCAUCCCUACUAUCUAGCAGGUGGGUGCAGUAUUUCUUAAAGGCAAUAAAACUGUUGGAAAGAAGAGGGGAAAAGGCAGAUUUUGUGACCCACAUGAUAGCAAUGCAACUUUUGAAGAGCUCGCCUAUUUCAUCAUUGGAUACAAGUGGUACGUGAAUCCACUAGACACGACAGAAAGGUCAAAUGAUAACCGACUUCGUGACUCAGGUGUCAACUAAGUUCAUGCGAAUCAGCCAGAAUUUGGCUUGCUGUUAUUUCUUUAUUUUUCUGGUCCAGUGACAUAUUAUAUCUUUUAUUUUCCGACGAUCCAAGAAUCCAUUCUUCAAACGACUUCAAAAUAAAUUGAGAUGCUGGUUUGGAUCUUAACACAAGCAUCUUUCAAGUUCCGAUGUGCUCGUACAGUGUGAACAUUUAUAUGACUUCUGGACCUGGGUAAUAUUUGUUUUUCUUCGUCUGAUAACUUUCUCUUCUUUCUGCGUCGAUCACCCCCUUCGUCACAAACUGAGGUCGUGGACAUUUUCAAACUCCAUCCAAACCAAAGACUUUUCAGUUCAUUAGUGCUAUGAAGACGGGUGCAUUGCCUAGUCCUGUUGGCAAGAUCUCCGGAGUCAGAUAUCCAUCCACUCCACAGGUAGAUCGACUGCAGGUAGUAUGUUCCAUCAUAAGGCUUUCAAUUUCUCCGUGUAUCAGUACAAUUUUUGUUCGACGCAUCACUCUAAUCCUUUCUGAGUCUUUGACACAACAACCAUCGCCGUGGCUAAAAUUCUCCUGUCUUGUGGAGGUCUACAAAGUCCUCUCGGAGAACAUUUACCUCUGUACCACUUCUGAGACGAAAGCUGCGAGUUUUACCGGAGGUUUUUGUUCCACGGGACAUCGACCUCCAUCAUCAUCCAUCAUCCCGACACACAUGUGUUUGACGGUUUUGUGAAAUAAGUGCUAAAUGCAGAGGCAGAAUCGUGUAUGCACUUGAUUGAAAAUCCAUACACAGAGAUAAAAGUCAUGGAACUGGAGCCUUGGUGCUGUUAGGUCUGUUGUGUGGAGGUGACAGUCUCGUUUUCUCUCGCACAUUCACGCAUCAGCGGGAGAGGAACAGGUCGCUAUUUCCGCCCUCAGCUGAAUGCAUGGAGAAACUUGCUGGGUAAGGGAAGGGAUGCGUGGGAAGGUAAUAUCCUAAUUUCCUGGAAUCUCACCCCUCAUGGACUGGUUAAAAAGCAGAGUUUUGUGAAAAAAGUUUCUAAAACUCUAUUGCUUCCUGCCAACAAUAGAUGCAUCGUCAAUAAAACUGCUUAGUUACUGGGCAACUAUACUAAAAUACAACCAAAUUAAACAAUAAAGAAAGAAACUAAGCAAUGGCAAGUAAAAGGCAAAUAAAAGAAAACAACAGGGAGUGAAAGACAAGCAGAACUAAAUAGUAGGAUAAAACCUUCGAACUAAAGAACCUCUGCCGACCAACAGGCGCGAGGACAUCUAGAUAUAUCUACCAGCAUCCUCAGAUACUCAUGGGCGUCAGGUAAUUACUGCAAUAGAUCGUUGAUCAUGGUUCCUCUCGCUCUAGUCUGUUUCCAACUCAAAGGUAAAAAGGUAAAGAAAAGGUAAAGAUGGUGGAAAGAUUGGCUCCGCCUUCCACUAACCUCCGUCUAAACACAAUUACUCGACUUCAGUUGUCCUGCGGUCAAUAUGCUACACGAUUCAUUAACUAACCUAUUAAUGAUUCAUUCUUACUCUUAAGAAAAAAACAAGUAUUAGCA